UGCUUGAUUGGCCAAGAUGGUGGCGAAUCACAGGGGAGGGAUAACGCCGAGGGGCGUGCUCUGCAGCCGCAGUCCGGGAGCAUCUGGUGCUGAAGCUUCAUAGCGCUGAUGCCGGUCGUGGAGGGCGGAGUUCUUCCUGCAGAGACAGCUUAUCCAGCAUUGCGCCCAUAGGGAGGUAUCGGGGGAUGCCUACAGACUGACAGGGAGUGGGGACUUAGUGGGCAUGGUACGUUGGGGAUAGAGGGGCAGAGGAUUGGGCAUGUGUGCACUGUAUAUCUGCUGAUGUGCUGUAGGUUACUGGUGCAGGUCUAUACAGUGCAUGCAGGUAAUGAUGUGCUGCACAUAGAGUAUGUACUGUAUGGGCAGGGUAAGGAGAACCUGUAGGUGAUAUUGGCAGUGCAUUGUGUAGACAGUCACAGUGUAAAGCACAGUUACAGGUAAGGGGUACAUAGAUAUAGCAAUGGGUUCUGGAGGAGAACUUGCUUACUACACAUGGGAGGAGGUCCAGAAGCGGUGCACGCGUGAGGAGCGAUGGCUGGUCAUCCACCGCAAGGUGUAUGACAUCACAAGAUUCUGCAUGAAGCAUCCUGGGGGACCACGCGUCAUCAGCCACUAUGCAGGCCAGGAUGCCACGGAUCCGUUUACCGCAUUCCACAUUGAUAAGGAGCUGGUGCGCAAGCAUAUGAAAUGUCUAUUGAUUGGAGAGCUGGCACCUGGAGAGCCGUGCAUGGAACCCAGCAAGAAUGCUGCUAUGGUGGAGGACUUCCGUGCACUGCGUUCCACUGUGGAGCAAAUGGGUCUCCUCAACCCCAACAAACUCUUCUUCUUUGGAGUUCUGCUGCACAUCCUGCUGCUAGAUGUACUGGCCUGGGCCAAUCUGUAUUAUUUCGGUCCCUCUCUUAUAUCAUUCCUGAUCUCCGCAUUACUUCUUGGCACUGUGCAGGCUCAGGCUGGCUGGUUGCAGCACGACUAUGGCCACUUGUCAGUUUACAGUAAAUCGAAAUGGAAUCAUCUGCUACAUAAAUUUGUGAUUGGUCAACUGAAGGGUGCUCCCGCCAGCUGGUGGAAUCACAUGCACUUCCAGCAUCAUGCCAAACCCAACUGCUUUCGAAAAGACCCCGACAUUAACAUGCACCCGCUCUUCUUUGCACUGGGCAAGAAGCUGUCCGUGGAGCUUGGAAUAAAGAAAAAGAAAUAUAUGCCGUAUAAUCACCAGCACAAGUACUUCUUUUUGAUUGGUCCUCCAGCACUGCUCCCUCUUUAUUUUCAGUGGUAUAUAUUCUACUUUGCUGUACAUCGCAAGCAGUGGGUGGACAUGGCCUGGAUGAUUUCAUUCUACGUGAGAUUUUCCCUGUGCUAUUUCCCUCUCAUUGGGAUCGGUGGCACCAUCAGCAUGUUCAUGUUAGUCAGAUUCCUGGAGAGCAACUGGUUUGUGUGGGUGACACAGAUGAAUCACAUUCCAAUGAACAUAGACUAUGACCAGAACAAAGAGUGGCUUUCUACGCAGCUACAAGCCACUUGUAACGUGGACCAGUCUCUGUUUAACGAUUGGUUCAGUGGUCACCUCAAUUUCCAGAUUGAACAUCAUUUAUUCCCCACUAUGCCACGGCACAAUUACUGGAAGGUCGCUCCUCUUGUCCGCUCGCUCUGCAAGAAGUACAGCAUUGAAUACCAGUCCAAACCACUGUUCACUGCGUUUGCUGAUAUAGUUCACUCCCUUAAAGAGUCUGGAGAGCUGUGGCUAGAUGCGUACCUGCAUAAGUAAUAAAGUCUCCCUCUGUGCAAUGCUACAGGAUUUGCUCUGGAAGGCUGUGGAGCCUGAUAACGGGGCCAGCUACAGCUGCUCGGAGGCUGCAUUUUCAACACUUACUUUAAUGUCAGGUCUGCAGUGUGGCUGGCUGGAACCUCGUAAACCUGCAGAGCUGUAGUUUAUUGAAUCUAUGAUAAAUGAAGGCAUUGAGACCCAGCACAAACGUUCCAGAACUCUAAAUAUGUGUUAUAUUUAUUCCAUGGUGGCUAUAUAAAGCAGCGAUAGGGCAAUGUGUGUUACAACGCUAUGUGAUUGUUAAAGUGGUGCAAAACAUGUACUUUAAAUCUCCCCUGUAAGUGAUGAAUGUAUAAUACAGAUCAAUGUACAUCAUUCCCACUGCAUUAGCAUUCUGUACCUGGGGGCUACCCAUAUAAUUUAUCUUCAGCUGCGCACACCUUAGAUCCAUGUAUUAAAAUAAUUAUGAUAUUGUAACAUUUUCUGGAAUGUUACAGAGAGACAAGAAAUAUCUAGAAAUUGCUCACUGCAAGCUGCCAUAUUUCUGAGUGCCCUUCUAACAUUACAGGAAACUGCUGUAGUACUGACCGAUGCACUAAAUCAGCCCAUCUUAUCCCCAGUUAAUUUCCCGAACGACUGGAUCCUGGCGGUGGAAAUACCGACGCCGGAAUCUCGACAGCAGGGAAACUGCCAGCGGUCAAAAUCCCAACCGCUGCCCGGUAUUCCCACUCGGGUCCACGCCACCACCUGAGGGGGAAUAUAGUGUGGCGAAGCUGGCCGGCGAGUGGACAUGCUGCGCUAGAGGUCGGGAUUCUGACAGUCGGGAUUUCAUACCAGAUCCCUCUACACAGAAGUGUAAGUAAUCAGUUCUCUGUAACAAUAAACAUGGUCCAUUGUGUGACUUCCAUUCCAGAUAAUACGCUCAGUCCUACUGACUGUCGAUCUUUAGAAGAUAAUGCUGCCAAUAUUUUUGAGGUCCCUGUGACGAUGGGACUAUUUUGUAGUUUUAUACCAACAAAACCUUUUCAUUCUUGCUGAUAGACUAAUUAGACUAAUUUAACCAUUUUGAUUGUAUAUGGGAAUCGAUCCAUUGUUUGAUUUCAUUGCAACAACUAAUAAACUGAUUUCACAAGUCUGCCUGUGA